GCUAGGGGGAGGGAGAGGGGUUGAGUCAAGAUGGCGGCCAAGGUGGCGAAGCAGCCGCAGCGGCGGCGGCGGCGGCGGCUAGAGUGAGUGUCUGCUCGCCGCGCCGAGCGAGGUCCCGGCGUAGGGCCGCGCGCCGGGGCCCCGUUCUCCUGCUCAGGCCGGGGGGCGCGCCGGUUCCCACGCUCUGCCAGCUCCCGGUGAUUUCCUAGAAACAUGAUCAUUUGUUGGACUUGAUCUCACAGCCCAGUGAGGACUCCUUUACUGAUAAUGUCAAGUUCAGGUUAUCCUCCCAACCAAGGAGCAUUCAGCACAGAACAAAGUCGUUAUCCUGCCCACUCUGUUCAGUACACCUUUCCCAGCACCCGCCACCAGCAGGAGUUUGCAGUCCCUGACUAUCGCUCUUCUCAUCUUGAAGUUAGUCAGGCAUCACAGCUCUUGCAGCAACAGCAACAGCAGCAACUUCGAAGACGACCUUCCUUGCUUUCAGAAUUUCACCCAGGUUCUGACAGGCCUCAAGAAAGGAGAACUGGAUAUGAACAGUUUCACCCAGGCCCAUCCACAGUGGAUCAUGAUUCACUGGAAUCCAAGAGACCACGUCUGGAGCAGGUUUCUGAUUCCCAUUUUCAGCGUGUCAGUGCUGCGGUUUUACCUUUAGUGCACACACUGCCAGAAGGAUUGAGGUCUUCUGCAGAUGCUAAGAAGGAUCCAGCAUUUGGAGGCAAACAUGAAGCUCCAUCCUCUCCAAUCUCUGGACAACCAUGUGGAGAUGAUCAAAAUGCUUCCCCUUCAAAACUUUCAAAAGAAGAGUUAAUACAGAGUAUGGAUCGUGUAGAUAGAGAAAUUGCAAAAGUAGAACAGCAGAUCCUUAAACUGAAAAAGAAACAACAACAGCUCGAAGAAGAAGCAGCUAAACCUCCUGAGCCAGAGAAGCCUGUGUCCCCUCCUCCUGUGGAGCAGAAACACCGCAGUAUUGUUCAAAUUAUUUAUGAUGAAAAUCGGAAAAAAGCAGAAGAAGCUCAUAAAAUUUUUGAAGGUCUUGGCCCCAAAGUUGAACUGCCACUCUAUAACCAGCCAUCAGAUACAAAGGUGUACCAUGAGAACAUCAAGACUGGAGUACCUGCAAGGCGCAUGAUGAAAAACCAGGUGAUGAGGAAAAAACUCAUUUUAUUUUUUAAAAGAAGAAAUCAUGCAAGAAAACAAAGGGAACAAAAAAUCUGCCAACGUUAUGAUCAGCUAAUGGAAGCAUGGGAGAAAAAAGUGGACAGAAUAGAAAAUAAUCCCCGGAGGAAAGCUAAAGAAAGCAAAACAAGGGAGUACUAUGAAAAGCAGUUUCCAGAAAUUCGAAAACAAAGAGAACAGCAAGAAAGAUUUCAGCGAGUUGGGCAGAGGGGAGCUGGUCUUUCAGCCACCAUUGCUAGGAGUGAACAUGAGAUUUCUGAAAUUAUUGAUGGUCUCUCCGAGCAGGAGAAUAAUGAGAAACAAAUGCGGCAGCUCUCUGUGAUCCCACCUAUGAUGUUUGAUGCAGAACAAAGACGGGUCAAGUUCAUUAACAUGAAUGGACUUAUGGAGGACCCUAUGAAGGUUUAUAAAGAUAGGCAGUUUAUGAAUGUUUGGACUGACCACGAGAAGGAGAUCUUUAAGGACAAGUUUAUCCAGCAUCCAAAAAACUUUGGACUAAUUGCAUCCUACUUGGAAAGGAAGAGUGUUCCUGAUUGUGUUUUAUAUUACUAUUUAACCAAGAAAAAUGAGAAUUACAAAGCCCUGGUAAGAAGGAAUUAUGGAAAACGCAGAGGCAGAAAUCAGCAGCAAAUUGCCCGACCCUCACAAGAAGAAAAAGUAGAAGAAAAAGAAGAGGAUAAGGCAGAAAAAACAGAAAAAAAGGAAGAAGAAAAGAAAGAUGAAGAGGAAAAAGAUGAGAAGGAGGACUCUAAAGAAAAUACCAAGGAAAAGGAUAAGAUGGAAGCUACAACAGAAGAAACUGAGGAGAGAGAACAGGCCACACCCAGGGGGCGAAAGACUGCCAACAGUCAAGGCCGCAGGAAGGGCCGAAUCACCAGAUCCAUGACAAAUGAAGCUGCAGCUGCCAGUGCUGCAGCUGCAGCAGCCACUGAAGAGCCCCCACCACCUCUGCCACCACCACCAGAACCCAUUUCCACAGAGCCUGUGGAGACCUCUCGAUGGACAGAAGAAGAAAUGGAAGUUGCUAAAAAAGGCCUAGUAGAACAUGGUCGUAACUGGGCAGCAAUUGCCAAAAUGGUGGGAACUAAGAGUGAAGCUCAGUGUAAAAACUUCUAUUUUAACUAUAAAAGGCGACACAAUCUUGACAACCUCUUGCAACAGCAUAAACAGAAAGCUUCACGAAAACCUCGUGAAGAACGUGAUGUAUCUCAAUGUGAAAGUGUUGCUUCCACUGUUUCUGCUCAGGAAGAUGAAGAUAUUGAAGCCUCCAAUGAAGAAGAAAAUCCCGAAGAUAGUGAAGGUGCUGAAAAUAGUUCUGAUACAGAAAGUGCUCCUUCUCCUUCACCAGUUGAAGCUGUCAAGCCCAGCGAAGACAGCAGUGAAAAUGCUGCUUCUCGAGGAAAUCCUGAACCCGUGGCUGAGGUGGACUCCACUACGGAAACGGCACCGAGUGCAUCUCCCUCUUCAGCAGUUCCAAGUACAAAACCAGCUGAAAGUGAAAGUGUGGAGACCCAGGUGAAUGACAGCAUCAGUGUUGACACAGCAGAGCCAAUGGAUGUAGACCAUCAGGAGCACAGUGCUGAAGCGGGUUCGGCUCUUGAUCCACCACCCACUACCAAAGCAGACUCUGUGGAUGUUGAAAUGAGGGUGCCUGAAAACAGUGCAUCUAAAGGUGAUGGAGAUACCAAAGAAAGAGACUUAGAGAGAGGCAACGAGAAGACAGAGCCUAGGGAUGAAGAUUUGGUGGUGACUCAGCAGAUAAAUGUCCAAAGACCAGAGCCCCAGUCAGAUAAUGAUUCCAGUGCCACGUGCAGUGCUGAUGAAGAUGUGGAUGGAGAGCUCGAGAGGCAGAGAAUGUUUCCUAUGGACACAAAGCCUUCAUUGUUAAACCCUACUGGAUCUAUACUAGUUUCAUCCCCAAUAAAACCAAAUCCGUUGGAUCUGCCACAGCUUCAGCAUCGAGCUGCUGUUAUACCACCAAUGGUUUCCUGCACCCCUUGUAAUAUACCACUUGGAACCCCUGUGAGUGGCUAUGCUCUCUACCAGCGACACAUCAAGGCAAUGCAUGAGUCAGCACUCCUAGAGGAACAGCGGCAGAGGCAAGAACAAAUAGAUUUGGAAUGUAGAAGUUCUACAAGUCCAUGUGGCACUUCCAAGAGUCCAAACAGAGAAUGGGAAGGAAAAUCAGUCGCCUAUAUGCCUUAUGCUGAGGUCAAACGUGCUCUAGAACAGGAAGCACAGAUGCACAGUACCGCAGCAAGGUCAGCCUCACCGUGUAGGCUAUCUCCAAAGGAAGUCAGUAAAGCCGCUCCACGGCCCGAUAUGAGUACAGCCCGCUAUAGUGUCCCGCCAGUUCUUCAACCUGCUCCACAUCAAGUGAUAACUAAUCUCCCUGAAGGCGUUCGGCUUCCGACAACUCGACCAACCAGGCCACCACCACCUCUUAUCCCAUCAUCUAAAACCACAAUGGCUUCAGAAAAACCAUCUUUUAUAAUGGGAGGCUCCAUCUCACAGGGCACACCUGGCACUUACAUGACUUCUCAUAAUCAGGCUUCCUAUACUCAAGAAACAGCUAAGCCCUCUGUGGGGUCUAUCUCUCUUGGAUUGCCAAGGCAGCAGGAAUCCACCAAAUCAGCAACUUUGCCCUAUAUCAAGCAGGAAGAAUUUUCUCCCCGGAGCCAAAAUUCACAGCCUGAGGGUUUAUUGGUCAGGGCCCAACAUGAAGGUGUGGUCAGAGGUACCACAGGAGCUAUCCAAGAAGGAAGUAUAACUCGAGGAACUCCAACCAGCAAAAUUUCAGUGGAGAGUAUCCCUUCUCUACGUGGCUCUAUCACUCAGGGGACCCCAGCUCUGUCCCAGGCUGGCAUACCAACUGAAGCUUUGGUGAAGGGGUCCAUUUCUAGGCUACCCAUUGAAGAGAGCAGUCCUGAGAAAGGCAGAGAAGAAGCUUCAUCCAAAGGCCAUGUUAUUUAUGAAGGCAAAAGUGGACACAUUUUAUCAUAUGAUAAUAUUAAGAAUGCCAGAGAAGGGACUAGGAGUCCCAGAACAGCACAUGAAGUCAGUUUAAAAAGAAGCUAUGAAUCAGUGGAAGGAAAUAUAAAGCAAGGAAUGUCAAUGAGGGAGUCUCCUGUAUCAGCACCAUUAGAGGGACUGAUAUGCCGGGCAUUACCCAGGGGGAGCCCUCAUUCUGACCUCAAAGAAAGAACUGUGUUGUCUGGCUCUAUAAUGCAAGGCACACCAAGAGCACCAACUGAAAGUUUCGAAGAUGGCCUUAAAUAUCCCAAACAGAUUAAAAGGGAAAGUCCUCCCAUACGAGCAUUUGAGGGUGCCAUUACCAAAGGAAAACCAUAUGAUGGCAUCACCACCAUCAAAGAAAUGGGACGUUCCAUUCAUGAGAUUCCACGGCAAGAUAUUCUAACUCAGGAAAGCCGAAAAACUCCAGAAGUGGUCCAGAGCACGAGGCCAAUAAUUGAGGGUUCUAUUUCCCAGGGCACACCAAUAAAGUUUGAUAGCAACUCAGGUCAAUCUGCCAUCAAACACAAUGUCAAAUCCUUAAUCACGGGUCCUAGCAAACUACCCCGUGUAAUACCUCCACUAGAAAUCGUACCAGAGAACAUAAAAGUGGUGGAACGGGGAAAAUAUGAGGAUGUGAAAGCAGGCGAGCCAGUGCGUUCCCGACACACAUCGGUGGUGAGCUCCGGCCCCUCUGUUCUCAGGUCCACGCUUCAUGAAGCUCCAAAAGCACAGCUGAGCCCGGGAAUUUAUGAUGACUCCAGUGCUCGGAGGACCCCUGUGAGUUAUCAGAACACCAUGUCCAGAGGCUCACCAAUGAUGAACAGAACUUCUGAAGUUACGAUCUCUUCUAGCAAGUCUACCAAUCAUGAAAGGAAGUCAACACUGACCCCUACCCAAAGGGAAAGUAUACCAGCUAAAUCUCCAGUGCCUGGGGUAGAUCCUGUUGUGAGCCACAGCCCAUUUGAUCCCCACCACAGGGGCAGUGCUGCAGGGGAAGUUUAUCGGAGCCAUCUUCCCACACACUUGGAUCCGGCCAUGCCCUUUCACAGGGCUCUGGAUCCUGCAGCUGCUGCUUACCUGUUUCAGAGACAGCUUUCACCAACUCCAGGCUACCCAAGUCAGUAUCAGCUUUAUGCAAUGGAGAACACAAGACAGACAAUCCUAAAUGAUUACAUUACCUCACAACAGAUGCAAGUGAACUUGCGCCCAGAUGUAGCCAGAGGACUUUCCCCAAGAGAGCAACCACUGGGUCUCCCAUAUCCAGCAACAAGAGGAAUCAUUGACCUGACCAAUAUGCCUCCAACAAUUUUAGUGCCUCAUCCAGGGGGAACAAGCACUCCUCCCAUGGACAGAAUCACUUAUAUUCCUGGUACACAGAUUACUUUCCCUCCCAGGCCAUACAAUUCUGCUUCUAUGUCUCCAGGACAUCCAACACACCUUGCAGCAGCAGCAAGUGCUGAGAGGGAGAGGGAGCGGGAGCGGGAGAAGGAAAGGGAGCGUGAACGGGAGCGGAUCACUGUAGCUUCUUCAGACCUCUACCUGCGACCAGGCUCAGAACAGCCUGGCAGACCUGGCAGUCAUGGAUAUGUUCGCUCCCCUUCCCCUUCAGUAAGAACUCAGGAGCCCAUGUUGCAGCAAAGACCCAGUGUUUUCCAGGGAACCAAUGGAACCAGUGUAAUCACACCUUUGGAUCCAACUGCUCAGCUACGAAUCAUGCCACUGCCUGCUGGGGGCCCUUCAAUAAGCCAAGGCUUGCCAGCCUCCCGCUACAACACUGCUGCGGAUGCCCUGGCUGCUCUUGUGGAUGCUGCAGCUUCUGCACCCCAGAUGGAUGUUUCCAAAACAAAAGAGAGUAAGCAUGAAGCUGCCAGGUUAGAAGAAAAUUUGAGAAGCAGGUCAGCAGCAGUUAGUGAACAGCAGCAGCUAGAGCAGAAAACCCUGGAGGUGGAGAAGAGAUCUGUUCAGUGUCUGUACACUUCUUCAGCCUUUCCAAGUGGCAAGCCCCAGCCUCAUGCUUCAGUAGUGUAUUCUGAGGCUGGGAAAGAUAAAGGGCCUCCUCCAAAAUCCAGAUAUGAGGAAGAGCUAAGAACCCGAGGGAAGACUACCAUUACUGCAGCUAACUUCAUAGACGUGAUCAUCACCCGGCAAAUUGCCUCGGACAAGGAUGCAAGGGAACGUGGCUCUCAAAGUUCAGACUCUUCUAGUAGCUUAUCUUCUCACAGGUAUGAAACACCUAGUGAUGCUAUAGAAGUCAUAAGUCCUGCCAGCUCACCUGCACCGCCCCAGGAAAAACUGCAGGCCUAUCAACCAGAGAUUGUUAAGGCAAAUCAAGCAGAACCUGAUCCUACCAGACAGUAUGAAGGACCACUGCAUCACUAUCGAACCCAGCAGGAAUCACCAUCUCCACAACAGCAGCUGCCCCCUUCUUCACAGGGAGAUGGGAUAGGCCAAGUGCCUAGGACCCAUCGGCUGAUCACACUUGCUGAUCACAUCUGUCAAAUUAUCACACAAGAUUUUGCUAGAAAUCAAGUUUCCUCACAGCCUCCCCAGCAGCCUCCAACUUCUACAUUCCAGAAUUCACCAUCUGCUUUGGCGGUUACACCUGUGAGGACUAAAACCUCAAGUCGCUACAGCCCAGAAUCCCAGUCUCAGUCUGUCCUUCAUCAAAGACCAGGUUCUAGAGUCUCUCCAGAAAAUCUUGUGGACAAAUCCCGGGGAAGCAGACCUGGGAAAUCUCCAGAGAGGAGUCACGUCCCUUCAGAGCCCUACGAGCCCAUCUCUCCACCCCAGGUUCCAGCUGUGCACGACAAACAGGACAGCAUGUUGCUGUUACCUCAGAGGGGCACGGAGCCUACAGAGCAGAGAAAUGAUUCCCGCUCACCAGGGAGUAUAAGCUACUUGCCUUCAUUCUUCACCAAGCUUGAAAAUACAUCACCCAUGGUUAAAUCAAAGAAGCAGGAGAUUUUUCGUAAGUUGAACUCUUCUGGUGGAGGUGACUCUGAUAUGGAUGAGAAAACUGAGACUCAGAGAGGUUUAAUAACGGGCGCAGGUUACAUAACUACGGCUGCUCAGCCAGGAACUGAGAUCUUCAAUCUGCCAGCAGUUACUACAUCAGGCUCCGUCAGCUCUAGAAGUCAUUCUUUUGCUGAUCCUGCUAGUAAUCUUGGUCUAGAAGAUAUUAUUAGGAAGGCUCUCAUGGGAAGCUUUGACGACAAAGUUGAGGAUCAUGGAGUUGUCAUGCCCCAGUCUGUGGGAGUAGUGCCUGGUAGUGCCAGCACCUCAGUUGUGACCACCAAUGAGACCCGGAGGGAUGAAGGAGACCCAUCACCUCAUUCAGGAGUUUGCAAACCAAAGCUGAUGAGCAAGUCAAACAGCAGGAAGUCUAAAUCUCCUAUCCCUGGGCAAGGAUACUUAGGAACUGAACGGCCCUCAUCAGUCUCCUCUGUACAUUCAGAAGGUGAUUACCAUAGACAGACACCAGGCUGGGCCUGGGAAGACAGGCCCUCGUCAACAGGCUCAACUCAGUUUCCUUAUAACCCUCUGACCAUGCGGAUGCUCAGUAGCACACCACCGACACCCAUUGCAUGUGCUCCCUCUGCUGUGAACCAAGCAGCUCCUCACCAACAGAACCGGAUCUGGGAGCGGGAGCCUGCCCCGCUGCUCUCUGCACAGUAUGAGACACUGUCCGACAGUGAUGACUGAACUGCACAGGGAAGGGAUGGGAAGCAGAGACAGGGGCACAGGGGAGGGAGCUUUAGUUUUUUGGUGAUUUUAUUUUCAGUUGCAGGUCAAAAACCUGCCCUCCCUUAACUUGUGCCCAGAGACUUCAGGAGAGCCAGGGCCACAAAUGAUGAAGAAAUGAUGGAAAUUCAUUUGGAAAGUCAAAUGGGGGGAAAAAAACUGCCUUUGAUACAGGCUAUUCAGUGGAUUAUAAUAAUAGUGGAGGGUUGAAAUGUAGUUUCAAAAGUGGACAAUUUCUGUUCUUACAUCUGUUUAUAAAGAAAAUCAUAAUGUCUUUAAAUCACUCUUAUGUAAAUAGAUGACCUUUUUGCAGUGUAUCCCCUUGCUGUAGUAUCUGGUGUACUUAUGUUCAAAUCAGCGCAUCAACGUUGGGGGUAAUUUUUAAAAAUCUUUUUGUCUAUCUUUUUAACCCUAGCCUUCUAAACAACCUCAUACAGCCCAGUUAUAAUGUUGGCUGUCACGGGCAUUGUACUUUUAUCUGAUUUUGUUUCCUCUAAAUUCAGCUUCCCAGUGAUGUUUAAAAUCUUGUGAAAAUGUUUAGAUUUUUAACACAGACCCUGUCAUAAAAUCUGUACAUUAGGGUCAAAAGGUAGGAGCAACAGAAUUCUGCCAUACUGUAAAUUUCCAAUGCAGGCUUUAAAUUUUUUUCCACUAGUAGCACUGAAAAAAAAAUUACUGCAUGGAUAUGUUAUAGUUCAGUUUUUAAAGUUUUAAAGGCUUAUUUGAGGCAUACCUCACUGUUAUGCACACUGGUAAUUUAACCAUGCCCCUAAGUAUUCCCUUUCUUCUGCAUUUGAUGCAGCCCAACAAAGCUUUUGUUUUGAAAUAAAUUUGACUACCCUGUCCAUAGCUACAGUAGAUUAUUUGUUAUUUAAGGCUCUGUCGUCUCAGGUUUCAAAGGAAAAACUUAAACAUUUUUCUUAGUUUGAUAUAUAUGAUUGGUUGAGUUAAAAUUAGAUAAUGAUCUAUGUACGAUCAUCUGUGUAUUAUCUCAUUCUUUUAGAGUUGCUUUGUGCUGCAUCCUGAACAAGUGUCAUGGUGAACAGAGUCCUUUUCCAUCUCUACAUGUCACCACCUACACUCUAUUUCCUUGGGAAAGAGUUUACUGUUGUUUUUCAUUUCAGAUUCUCAAGGUGCAAGUAAUUUUAAAAAGAUUGAAUUCUAAUUGUACUGAAGGGCCAGUUUUAUCCUUCAUUAAGAACUGCUUGCUGAAUUUUUAGAUUUUUUUUUCAUACAAUUUAAUCACAGCAUUUAAGCACCCUUCCAUAGCAUAUAAAUAUUAAUGGUUUGGGGAAAAUGCUACUGAUAACUGGAAGUCUCAGGAUGAGUAAAUUUGCAUUUUAUAGACUUUCAAGUAAACCUACACUUUUAAAACCAAGUUUUCAAGCCUCUUAAGUAAACAGGUCUAUGAUUAACAGCUGAGACCCUCCCAUCACCAUAGCACUGCUAAUCCCUGUUUUACAGAUAAAGACACAGACUUAGUAUUUUGCCCAUAUAAUUCAAUAAGCAACAAACAGGCUCUAGCUCAUAUAUGUCUAGAAUCAACCUUUAUGCCUGUCAGUCCACUCUUCUUCAUCCUCAAAAUAAAUUUUAGAUCAGGUUUAGUGGUCUGAGUUCCAAUUACAUGGCAAGUUGAUGCCUUUACAAUAAUAUUCAUAAACAUAAUUUUAACAUGAAUGAAAAACAAUAACUGAAUGUUGUAAUGAAUGUUUUCUGCUUAAAGUCUUUUUUUUCAGGUACUGGUAAUAUUUUUUUCAGACUUAUCAUUUCUGUUGCCAACUGACCCAAAGAGAUCAUAUUUUUCUAUGAUCCUGAGGGUCU